AUGCUGAUCUUUGACCAGUAUGCCGGAUACACGGCGCUCGGCAUUGCGCUGGUUGUUUUGGUCUUCUUGUCCUGUUAUCGCCUGGCAUUGCCUAAACCGAUCCCCGGCAUUCCCUAUGAGAAGGCUGCGGCAAACAGCAUUUUUGGCAACAUGAUGCAGGUGCUGGCCUUUCAGAAAACUCACGGUCGAACUAUGCUCUGGUUUGCGAAAUAUUCAGAGGAGAAUGCCUGGCCUCUUUCGCAAGUCUGGCUGCGUCCCUUCAGCAAACCCAUGUUGAUCUUGACUGACUUUGCGGAAACCGAAAACAUCUUACUGCGGAAGAGCAGACACUACGGCCGCGGGCAGUCAUUUACAGACACCCUCGACAAGGUGGUUCCGGAGUUUCACGUCACCCUUGAGAAGGAAGACCCAAGGUACAACGCAAACAAGGGGUUGUUGCGAGACACCAUGACACCAAGUUUCCUACAAUCGGUAUCUGCGCCUCAAAUCUACCAGGCGUCCAAUAACUUGGUCGACUUAUGGAAGUUCAAGCUCACGACAGCCCGCGGACGUCCUUUCGAUGCUUUAGAAGAUAUCUUCAACGCCGCUUCGGAUAUGAUCACGGCUGCUGCUUUCGCGCUAAACGAUGAUAUGAGCACCACAUUCCAACAGCUGAACUACCUCAAAUCGCUGAACGGGGACUUUUCGCUGGAAUCAAACCCAGAGCACGGUGGUGUUGCUUUUCCACACUUGCCACCGCUCCCGCACAUCGCUGCACUCGACAGGUUAUCCAAACACAUUGGCGAAUUAGGGCAGAGCAUAUUUCCCCGACUUACCCACUGGAGCAUGAUGCUGACCGAAAAGGAACUGCGUUCAUCGUAUGGGACCGCAAAACGAUUUGAAGCGUCGGAGAUAGAAAAGUCCAUCGCACGCCUAGAAAGUGACGAGCCCCCGGCAUCCGUCCUAGAUCAUAUGGUGUACCGUGAAAAGCAAGCGGCAAACAAUGAAAACAGAAGACCUGACUUUCAUAGAAGAGGAAUUUACGAUGAGUUGACUGGUUAUUACCAAGCAGGACACGAAACCACCGCAACAACCGUCACCUGGGCAGUAAAGUAUCUGGCACAGAAUGCAAAUUCUCAAGAGAAGUUGCGCGAAGCACUGCACCAACGCCAUGCAGCCGCCUUCCAAGCAGGUCGACAGCCAACAGUCGAAGAGAUCGUACACGCAAACAUUCCCUACCUCAACGCAGUUAUUGAAGAAACUCUACGAAUGCGGCCGCCUUUCCCUGCGCUGAUACGCUGUGCUCUCGUCGAUACCGAAGUAAUGGGCUGCAUGAUCCCAAAAGGGACCAGCAUCAUGAUGCCGUCGAUUGGACCCGGAUUGCAUACGCCGGCAUUACCUCGCCCGGAUUACUUAGGUACUAGCUCUGCCGAAAAGAGACGCGAUGACUGGUCAUCGAAAGAUGUCCACAUGUUCAAACCUGAGAGGUGGUUAAAGCGGGAUGAAGAAGGAAAGGCAAUGGUGUUUGACGCUUCUGCCGGCCCGAUGCAAUCUUUCGGUUUUGGGCCAAGGCAGUGUUUCGGCAAAAGGUUGGCGUACAUACAGCUAAAGGUGUUUCUUACUCUGCUCAUGUGGAACUUCAAACUCAAGGAGCUCCAGGGGAAAAUCGCUUCAGACGAUGCUCACGAGUCAACUACAUUGGCGCCUAAGUACUGCUUUGUAAAGUUGGAAGAAGCUUAA